CAGGUCGUUGGAAUGCCUAAUUGGGUCAAUUUUAUGCACAAAUCUUGCUUGCUUGAUAUUAUGAAUUUAAAGACACAUCUACAUAAAAAUGUCAGAAGUCAUGGAUUGAAGUCACAAUGUAUUAGGUUAAAAUGCACAAUUUAAAUUCGAAGAACCUUCCAAAUCUAAGGAAUAACAUACGUUCAAAAUCAUUUUACUGUACCAAAUCAAAAGAAUCUCGACGAUCUGUAAAACUUGUUUACUUUAAUGGAAACGUAUGUAAAACCGAAGAAAAUCCUUUUAAUGAUAAAUCGGUACAAACAACAGAAAAAAAUUCAAAAUCAAUAAAACGUUCGAGUAUUUGUAAUCAAAAGGAAAGAUGUCGGUCGGCUAAAGAGCUAAAAUUAGAGCGUGGAUUUUCCAUAUGUAUGAUAUCAAAUGAGAAAGAAGCUGUUACCGCUAACUUUGCUACGAUAGUAGACGCCUGUUGUCAAAAAACUACAUCAGAGUCUGGUGAUGAUGAUACAGUGCCUAUUUAUAAAUUUCUUUGUAUUCCAGCAUCAAACGUUUCGAAAUUACCCGCAAACAGCCCUUUAAAACUUGACGUUGCGUGCCAAUAUGAAGAAAUGUUAAAAAGCGAAGAAUGCAAAGACAUAAAAAUGAGAAAACUAAAUGAAACAUACAACAAACGUAUUGGAGAACUGAAUUCUUUACCUUUUCGAUCCGAUUCUUUAAAAAUGCGAAGAAGAAAAUCAUCCAUAGAAGCCGAUUUGAGAAAAAUUGAUGUACAGUUGAAAAUGUUGUGAUCCAAAAUUGUAUCUAUUGUCUUUUUUUGCCAUCAAAAAUAUUUCAUACUAUUUUAGUUUAUUUUUUUAAAUUUGUUAAAAUCUACGUUCUACGUACAAGUAAAAAAAAGCGAAUAAAGC